CAGGCCCGUCCUCUCAGCCCCCGGGACCGCCCCGCUGUGACACUAGGUGCUGGGCGACGCAGCUGGCGGCGGCAGUUGGGGGCUGAGCCCUCAGCAGCUCCAGGAGCUAUGGCUGACACGGAGGUUCCCUGGCUGCUGCUGGCUGCUGCUGCACUCCUGUUUCUGCCCUCUAGCAGGCCUGCUGGGCCACUGCCCACCCUGGCCCCACCACUGAGCAUGGUGGUGGCUGGGCAGCUCCGGCAGCUGGUGGUCUGUGUGGUGAGGGACCUGGCCCCCAGCUCCAGCCAUGCUGUCUGGAUCUCCGAUGGGAACGGCAGCGCCCUGCAGUCCUUUGCCUAUGGGACAUCCCAGGAAGAUGGUGGCACCGUCUGCACUAUCUCUCUCCUCCCCGAUGAGCCCCUGGCUGAAGGGAACCUCGCCUGCCAUGUGGGGCCCAACAGGACCUCCCCAGCCCACAGCUCCAGCCCCAUCCACAUAAUGGUGUGCAAGUAUGUGGCAGUGGAGCUGAAAUCUGCUUUUGAGGAGACCAGCAAGACCAAGGAGGUGAUUGACACCAAGUACGGCUUCCUGGACGGGAAGGGCUCUGCCAUCAAGUACACGCAGUCGGACAUACGAUUAAUCGAGGUGACGGAGAAUAUCUGCAAGCGGCUUUUGGAUUACAACCUGCACAAGGAGCGGAGUGGCAGUAACAGAUUUGCAAAGGGCAUGUCAGAGACAUUCGAGACCCUGCACAACCUGGUGCACAAGGGAGUCAAGGUGGUGAUGGACAUCCCCUAUGAGCUGUGGAACGAAACCUCUGCUGAGGUGGCUGACCUCAAAAAGCAGUGUGAUGUGCUGGUGGAAGAGUAUGAAGAUGUGAUCGAAGACUGGUACAGGCACCACCAGACAGAAGAUCUCUCCCAGUUUCUCUGUGCUAACCAUGUGCUAAAAGGGAAGGACACAAGCUGCCUGGCAGAGAAGUGGACUGGCAAGAAGGGUGAUUUGGCAAGCGUGAAAGAGAAGCAGAGCAAGAAAAAGAACAGGAAGAAGAAGAAGGGAGAGAAGAAUGAGAGCAAGGGAGCUGCUGCCCUCCCAGCUGUAGAUGAGGCCCUGGAGGAGAGUGGGAUCCAGGAGGAGGCUCCGCUCACCCACAGCCCGUUCGAUGAGCUGUAGGCAUGCAGCCGCAGCCUCUGGGGCCACCCACUUGGGGGUUCUCACCCUGCCAUGUCUUGCAGGUACCAAAGGAAAAGGGACUUGUGUCACGGCAUGAGCGACCCUGGGGAGGCCAGAGCAGCCAGCUCAGACUUGCCAGCGAUCUUGCAAGCAGAGGUGGCACGGAACUGCGGACCCAACAGCUCCAGGAGGCCGCGGGUGCUGCCCCGCUGCCAGCUCUUCGUCCUGCCCUUGCUGCCCAUACCCUGACAAGACUGUAAAUAAAGACGUUUUCCCCAGAA